UUUGGGGAAGGUUUUGGCAUGAGCCUGGUGAGACGACUUCUGUUCUGAUUUAUUUUUCGGAAAAUGUCAAAGUCAUGACAGAUAAUAACUUUAGAAUUUGUCUGGUAGAAGGCAUAGCUAUCGCCGUGGUCGUGUCUAGAAGCUUGCUAACCUUGCUGUAGGGCUCCACACACGGCGAAUAUGUCUACAGCUAAUGUUAGCGAAGACAUCCGAACGGAGUUCCCACUGCACUCCGCAGUCUGGGAGAAUAAUUACAGGAAGCUGGAGCAGCAAAUUACACUGCUACAGAAUGACAUUGAAACUGUGGAUCCAAGAGGUCGGACACCUCUGCACCUGGCUGUGUCACUCGGGCACAUGGAGUCUGUGAGAGUCCUCCUCAGGCAUGGAGCUCAAGUUACUAAAGAAAAUGCCAAUAAUUGGACAGUGCUGCAGGAAGCCGUCAGCACAGGAGAUCCAGAGAUGGUUCAAUUAGUUCUUCAACGGAGAGACUAUUUAAAAGCAUCCACUGCUUUGGAAGGCGUACCUGAGCUUUUGUCAAAGAUCCGAGAGUCUCCAGACUUCUAUAUGGAAAUGAAGUGGGAAUUCACCAGCUGGAUCCCUCUGGUGUCCCGGGUUUGUCCAAGUGAUGUGUGUCGUAUCUGGAAAAGUGGAGCAAGCCUUCGCGUGGAUGCUACUCUUUUAGGCUUCGAGAACAUGACUUGGAUCAGAGGGCGACGGAGCUAUCUUUUCAAAGGAGAUGAUUCUUGUGCAGAGUUGAUGGAGGUGAACCACGAUGAUCAAGUGGUGGACAUAGAGCGUUUUUUAAUAUCCCAGGAGAUGGAAGAUGUCACACUAGAGUCGAUGCAACCGGCUGAACAGGAAGUAGCCAAAAGAUUGACUACUCCAAUUGUCAACACCUACUUGGAUACCAGGGACAUUGCUUUUGAGAGGAACAAGUCUGGAAUUUGGGGCUGGAGGACAGAUAAAACUGAAAUAGUCAACGGAUUUGAAACAAAGGUCUUCAGCGUGAACAAUGUGAAUGUGGUUAUCAGGACAAGGACUGAACAUCUAACAGACGAGGAAAAAGCCAGGAUAAAAAGUGAAAGAAACAUCUUGGAGUCUCUGGUUGGGACAGUUGAACAGCACAUAAGCGCACAAGGGGACCUCACACUUGAAUAUGCAACUGCCACAAAUCCCACUGCCAUCACUCCAGAGGAAUACUUUAAUCCCAAUUUCGAUUUAGGAAACAGAGAUAUCGGCCGACCUAUUGAGCUGAGCGUUCGAACACAGAAGUUUAAAGGUACAUUGUGGAUGAGCGAAGAUCACCCCCUGUCCCUAGUGGAGCAGGUGACCCCCAUCAUUGACCUCAUGGCUCGGACCAGUUCACAUUUUGCGCGGCUGCGAGACUUUGUCACGUUGAAAUUCCCUCCUGGAUUUCCUAUCAAAAUUGAGAUUCCUUUAUUUCAUGUGCUGAAUGCCAGGAUUACUUUUGGUAACGUUAAUAAAUGCAGUACUGAAGAUGAAGCCAACAUAACACCAGCAGCCACACCGUCAUCCUCAGGCGAGGACGAAGAAACAAAAGAAUCGCCAACAUUUCAGGUGUCUCCAUCUGUAUUUGCAAUACCUGACAACUACCACCGCAGAGGUGGCAGCCGUCUUGCUCCUGCAUCUACUAAUGACGAGGAGUUUUUACAGUAUGCAAUCCAUCAAAGUCUCUUGGAUUCCCAAAUAGUGCCUGACCAGGAAGGAGUAGGGGAUGAUACACACAGCGAACACACUGAUGUCAUGAUCAACAGCCAGAGUGACAGGAGUAUCCCCGAGGGGGUGCUAGUGGAUUACGGUGACACCUCCAGCCCCACGAGCACCUUCUCUACCUCAAGCCAUGACUCGGAGCUCCACUUGGCCAUGGAGCUCUCCGUGCGAGCUCAAGAGCGAGAAGAAUGGCUAAGGAAGCAAGAAGAGGAAGAAUUGGAGAGAAUUUUGCAGCUGUCACUCACUGAGAAGUAGAAGGAAGAAGAGGGAAUCGAAAUAGAUCUAAAGGUGGCCACCUCACCUCAUUUUUUUACCUCCCGUCUUCUAUGCAACUGCGGAUUUUCCCUUUAACAGCCUGGUUUUGCUCAGGUCAAAUUCUAGUUAACUUUUUAAAGGGUGUUUUUGGUAAGAGGUCUUACGUUAUUCCGUAUCUACAUGCUGAAUCUCCGUUUUACAGCUUGAUCAAUAAUAGACUUUGAGAUGUUGUGGGCUUUCAGUACUUGUAACAGAAGCCCCAUCAUACCUUAGUCUUAAGGCAGCUCACGAGAAUGUUAACAAAAAUGACUACGUCAGGUUACGCCGCGCAAGUAGGCACUCUGAUUUAACUCUGCUGCGUUCACACCGGCUGCGUUUUUUUUUUUCUGUCGUGGGAUUUAUCGAGGUAACUUUCGAAUAGAGGCGCCGACUCGCAUCGAGCCCGUCGUCUGCCUGAGGCGCGCUAUUUUCAGCUCGCACUCGAGCCGACGAGUGGUGACCAUAAUUCUUGCUUCUUCAAGCUUUUCAGAAAUACGCCAUUGGUGUAGCCACUUGUCACUCGAACAUGUCUGACCAAUAGCGAAUUGUAACAUUUGUGUCAAAAAGAUUCGAUUAAAAAAAAAAAGGUAGUUCAAAACUUUUUUUAACUUUAAAAAGUUGAGUCUCAAAUUAAUUUUGCAUUCAAACACAUUUUUCUAUUGAAGCGACUUUUUUUUUGAUUGAAUAUUAAAGACACAAACCUACCUCCAUACGAUUUCCUAUAGCAAGUCAAUGGAAUCGCGCAUGGAAGAGCAGCCUGGCGACCAGCAAGACGCGAUGUCGCUAUUUUGACCAAAAAGGUCCACCCGGCAAUGUCGCGUUUUGUUUGAUGUUUUUGCAGGAAAUUUCAGCGACUAAUCGAAUUUGUUUUCUCAUGCGUGUGAACCCUGCCUCAAUAUCCGGUCAACAAAAGGCCAAACAAAGACAGAAAAACAAAAUAGAACUCAAAGAAAAGUCAUAAUACUAUGAGAUUAAAGCCGCAAUAUUACAACAAGGAAGUCAUAAUUGUCAUACUACGAGAUAAAAUUAUUAUAUUACAUGAAUAAAGUCUCGUAUUUUUCCAACAUUUAAGUUUGUUAUAUUACAAGAAAAGUAAAAUUACAAGAUUAAAGUCGUUACGUGAAACUAAGUUGUUUGGUUUUGCGGACUUUGGCUUUUGGCGAUGUAAGGUCGUUGUGAGUAAUAUGGGAUUAAAGUCCAAAUACAUGUAGUCCCCGUGUUACGAACGAGUUUUGUUCCUACGCUGGCGGCGUAACCCGAAUUUCCGCGUAAAUCGGAAUUAACUCUUUAAAAAUCAAAAUAACUAACCAGAAAGUCCAAAAGUAUUGUAUUUUGUUUAAUGGUGGAGGAUACAUUGCUCUCUGGUGGCAGCGUUGGGCCUGGCUGGACUGUUGUUCAAUUAUGCUUCCCUAAAGGAGCACUCAGACGUCUCACAUGGAUAAAGGAUAGCUGCGCUUUUGUGUGCCCCACAUAACGUUGUAAGUUGUUUCAGCCAAUAUAUGUCUGGGUAUGCAUUUGAAAUGACGUUUAGAGCUACAGCAUAGACUUCAUAAUGUAUUUACAGGACUUGGGGCCGAUAAAUAGGGGGCUUUCACUGUUGGCGAGGCCGUCACAGCUGACAGAGUGGAAUCACAAAGAGCUUUUUUCGUUGAAAAUGAUUGUGAAUAAAUGCUUAAAUCCCCAAAUUCUUUAUAGAUAUGGACGUAAAAUGGUCUCGAUUCUUGGUUAAAAGCAACAAAAAAAAAGUGCAGUAAGCAUUUAUUUUACGUAAAUAGGUCGAAGUACAAUGCUAGUUAGUCUGUUAGUGAAUGUAGCUAGUGGCCGCCUGAUGUAAACAGAGCUUUUCCGGUGAAAAUUUUUGUGAAUGAAUGCUCAAAUCCCCGAAUUCUUUAUAGAUAUGAACGUAAAACCGUUUCGAUUCUUGGUUAAAAGCUAAAUAAAAAUGUAAAGUAAGUAAGCAUUUAUUUUACGUAAAUAUUGCGAACUAUGAUGCCAAAGCCGUAGCAGCUAAUUUCUCCCUUUGAUUUUUUUCACAACGUUUCAAAAUGCAUGCAUGGUACGAAAAAUAUAAUAAUUACCUUGAAUCCUCGAACAAAUCACUCCUGAGACAAUCCUUCCUGUUUGUAUGUGGUACAGCUUUCGUAUUUCAUCCUAAAUCCGGCUUUGAAUGCUGCAUGUGUCGCUGCGACCGACCGGGCCGAAUUGACCCGUCAAUGCAAUUAUGAAGUCUAUGGCUACAGUUUGUGGAGUUAUUAGUGAACAGUUUGCUAUGAGAAUUGUAAAUACGUUAGCAUUAGUAGCAUUUAAGCUAGCGGACUUUUGUGAGGAAAAUUAGCCUAAGUUGAUCUAGUUUACAUAUUAAUCAGAAUGGGUGGACGUUUGAACACCAAUCGUUUUGUGUCGAGUGUUUUAUUGUUAAAACGCGUGUCGUUUUGAACAGACGUGUGUUACAGCUUUACAAAUUGUCAAAAGUGAAGUAAAAAGCUUCAAAAAGCAAGUCUGUCAAGCUGAACAACUUCACGUUUAGUAAGGACAGAACAAGUCAUGUUAAUAAAGUAAAAAAUAAGAUGCUGUGAAGUACAAUUAGGUACUGUUUUGAAAGAAGAAAAAAAAAAGACGAGACACUAAAUGGCGGACGAGACUCCGGCGUCGUUAAGUCGAAAUGGCGUAAGUCGAGUACGUCGUAACCCGGGGACUGCCUGUUUUACGAGAAAAAAGUGAUAAAAUCACAAGAUUAAAUUCAUUACAGUGGUAUGUAAAAGUAUCUGAACCUUCUGGAAUUUCUCACAUUUCUGCAUGAAAUCGCCAUCAAAUGUUAUCUGAUCUUUGUCAAAAUCACACAGAUGAAAAAAACAGUGCUUUAACUAAAACCACCCAAACAUUUAUAGGUUUUUAUAUUUUAAUGAGGAUAGUAUGCAAAAAAUGACAGAACGGGAGGGGGGGGUAAGUGAACCAUCACAUUAAUAUUUUGUGCCCCCCCCCCCCCCUUUGGCAGCAAUAACUUCAACCAGUCGCUUCCUGUAGCUACAGAUCAGUCUGGCACAUCAAUCAGGACUAAUCUUGGCCCAUUCUUCUCUACAAAACUGCUGUAGUUCAGUCAGAUUUCUGGGAUGUCUAACAUGAAUCGCUUUCUUUGGGUCAUGCCACAGCAUCUCAAUGGGGUUCAAGUCUGGACUUCUUCUGAAACUAUUCUGAAGUUGAUUUACUUCUGUGUUUUGGAUCAUUGUCUUUUUGCAGCAUCCAUCCUCUUUUUAGCUUUAACUGUCUGACAGACGGCCUCAGGUUUUCCUGCAGAACAUCCUGAUAAACUUUUGAAUUCAUUCUUCCACUAAUGAUUGCAAGUUGUCCAGGCCCUGAGGCAGAAAAACACCCCCAAAUCAUGAUGCUCCUGCCACCAUGCUUCACGGUGGGGAUGAGGUGUUGAUCUUGGUGAGCUGUUUUUUUUUUCCUCAUCACAUGAUGUUGUGUGUUACUCCCAAACAAUUCAACUUUGGUUACAUCAGUCCACAAAAUAUUUUGCCAAAACGUCUGUUGGGUGUCCAAGUGCCUUUUUGGAACAUUAAACGAGCAAGAAUGUUUUUGGGUUUUUUUUUUAGGACAGCAGUGGCUUCCUCCCUGGAGUCCUCCCAUGAACACCAUUCUUGGCCAUAGUUUUAUAUAUACAGUCGUUGAUGUGUAUACAGAGAUAUUGGGCUGUGCCAGUAAUUUCUAUAAGUCUUUAGCAGACACUCUAGGGUUCUUUUCUACCUCUCUGAGUAUUCUGCGCUGAACUCUUGGCGUCAUCUUUGGUGGACAGCCACUUCUUGGGAGAGAAGCAACAGUGUCAAAUUCUCUCCAUUUGUAGACAACUUUUCUGACUGUCGAUUGAUGACAUCCAGACUUUUAGAAAUGGUUUUGUAUCCCUUUCCAGCUUUAUACAAAUCACAAAUCCUUGAUCGCAGGUGUUCAGACAGCUCUUUUGACCGAGCCAUGAUGCACAUCAGACACUCCUUCUCAAGACAUUUCUUACCAGGUGUGUGUUUUAUAGUGGGCAGGGCAGCUUUAAACCACUUAUCAGCGAUUGGGCACACACCCGACUUAAAAUGUUUGGCAAAAAAUGUGUGAUUUUAACAAAAAUCAGAUCGCAUUUGUUAGUUAUUUUAUGCAGAAAUGUGAGAAAUUCCAAAAGGUUCACAUACUCAUUCAUACCUCCGUAUAUUACUUCAUUUUUACGGUAUGUGAACCAGAAGUUGUUUGGUUUUGCGAACAUCAACUUUUGGCGAGGUAAGAUGUGUGAACACAAAAAUGCUUUUGGCGAACGGGUUAGCGCGAGCAAGGCGCUUUCACGUGAGUUUAACUUUGGUGUGAACGCAGCUUUUAGUGUCACAGCAGAGUAUUUUCUUUAAAUGGCUCUGAUCUUAAAUCCUCAAUAUUUUGUUGAGGACCAUGAAGGGUUUAGUGCUAGAAGCCGUUUAUAUUGUUUAACGGAAAUCUCAGGGUAAAGUUUGACAAACCCUCUUUAGAAGCAGGUUUAAACCACUGUUCAUUUUUCGUUUAUUUUUUCUAUACUACUUUACUAAUACUAUACUAAUUAAAGGUACACACAGGUGACUUGUACUUUUUGAGAAGGCCACGAAAAAAAAAAUACUGAAAGAGAAUGCAAAUUUCUUUAGCAAGUGUAUAUAUUGAUUUUUUUUUUUUUUUUUUAUUUAAAGUGACUUUUAUAUGAUUUAUUUUGCUGCCUGAGCAAAUACCAGCAUUAAUGCCUCAGUUUAGAAAAAAAAUACAAACAAAAAAAUCAUUUGCUAUUCCUUACAGCACUUAGCCUUUAUUGUUUCCCCUUGACCACAAACUGCAAACCUCUUGUGUGUAGGCCAGCCGGCCACAUACAGGAUUGAUUGAUUUGUUGUUUUCCAGCAUGUGCCAACAGACAGUUUGUCUGUUACUUGACAGAAAGUUUAGUAAGUGCCACUCAUUACAUAAAGAAGUUUUUGUUCAUUAUCAGAUAGGCAGAAAGUUUUACCCAAUGUGAUGUUGAAUAACCACUCGCCUUGUUAUUUUAACAUAUGACCAACCACUAUGACCAGCCUGCUCUGUAAAUCUUAACCUCUGGUACGUGGUGAAAAAUAUGUUGCCAACCUUGAAGGAAAGACAAAAAAAAAAAAAACUGGUUCAAUCAGCUGAGAUCUUUGAGCUGCAGCUGUUCAUAAAAUAAAAGCACUUUAUUUCAAUAAAUCCUACGACAAGUUGUGGCUUCAUGCAUCUAUGACAAUGCAGACAUCAGGGGCGCUGGAAGUCGCUCCCAGCAGGGGGUGCUGAGGAUCUUUUUUUAGUUUUUCCCAUCUAAAAACAGCCGUUUCGGUCCAAACAAGGUGUGCACAAUGCUGGAUUGUGUACGUAUUACUACUAGGCUACUACAAAGACAGCGUUCUAUUUCACCUACAGUGUGUGUUGGAGUUUUUUUGUGGAAAUUAAAGCAUCUGUUUAUUAUUUGCAAAUCCCCAUAGCUUGAUGGCGCAAUGACACACGGACACAUUUGAAGACUAAAAGAGUAUGCAUCGGUUUGACACCCACUUUUCAAAACACUAAAAUAAAUUGCGCACGAAUAUCCAGUAGCGCUCUGCACGGCACGGCAGCAGCACAACAGCAACAAAGUAACAAUAAUUUGGAUACAAUGCAAGCAUGUUUUUAGAGGUGGGUAGGAAUGCGUUACAUUUACUCUGUUACAUUUACUUGAGUAACUUUUUGAGAAAAAUGUACUUUUAAGAGUACUUGAGUAGAUUUGUGAAGAAACACCUCUCUGACUCCGUUUCUUUGGGCUACACUAGUUGUUAUAUUUUUCCUUUUUAUUCUACAUAUUAGAUUUUACUUUUUUAUUUUGCCAGAGACACAAACAGUUUCACCAAUGAGACGUCAGACUUUUUUCGUUUGCCGAAUGAGGCAGUCAAUGUUUUUUUCCUCAAAUGCACGUUUGAUUGGCUGAUGAGUUGACCCCCCCACACACACACACCUUCCACGCACACAUGCACACUUUCUCACAGUGCAGAAUUACGUUACAUGUCGACAUGCCGCUUCCUCCGCCGAAGAGGAGGAAUAUUAGAAGUUUUUUUCGGCCAGCAGCCGCUGUGAGUAAUGUGGAAAGUCAUUGUUGUGAAGGUGGGAAAAGCACCACUAGUUUUGCUACUGAAAGUCAGACCUGCAUCACAGUUAAGUUUUACCAUUGCAUUAAACUGUCUGAACUUGCUAACCUGAGUAGGACGCUGCUUAGGAGAAGUGUCCUCCUGUAUGUGUUUUCUACUAUGUUAACGUUAAUUAAACUGUGAGAAAUAUAGUGAACUCUGCUCAGCUGUAAGAAAUGUAGUGAACCAAGGUUUACCCCCUUCUCUGCAGUUUUCAUUUUCAUUUUGCUUAUGUGGUCUUCAAGCAGCCCAAAGGACCUUUCAUUUAUUUUGUUGAGUUUGGCUGUGCUUGUGGACAAAAGCAGUAGUGUUUUUCCUAAAGGAAGGCUCCAUUUGUAUUUAUUUUAGUUAUUCCCUGACUGAUUUUUUAUUUUAUUUUUAUUUUUUUAUUUAAACAGACAAUUUUGAGUGGUAUUAAGACAAAUGUUUAUUUUUUUGCAUUCCGGGAUACCUAAGAGAUGAUUACAAAAA